UUGGGCGGACUAUUGUUUACUCCCACUCGCGAGAGGGGAAAAGUCGAGGAGUGAGAGAGUUCCCGUGUUUUACUCCAAGCGAGAGGGUCCUGGGUCACUAUUGGUUCGCUUGACAGUUGACAGUUGGCCCCGGACGAGAGCAGUUAAAGGCUAUCGUUGUUGUGUUUCGGGACAAAGAUACGGCGCGGCUGCUGGACGGUCGGUGUUCGAAGCCAAGGCCGACGUGGGAGCCGUUAGCAGUGUGAGAAUUUUUAGCACAUUUGAGCAUUUUAGCAGCGUCGUGCAAGCGGCAUUGCUCCCGCCCACAACUCGACGACAACAAGACUGUGGAUGUUGGCGGUGGUGCAUGGCCUGUUUUCUGGCGAAAAACAUGAACCCGUCCACCACCUGUCCCAAAGCACAUCAUAAUGGUCUCCCACCUGACUGCACGGCACCUUCUGGACCUGAGCGGAAUAGCACAUGCCUCAGUGUCUACCUGUACUACGUGAGGAAGGGCGAUGGAGGAGAGGAGUGCGUGCUCACUUACCCGCCUGGCGAGUACGUCGCGGAGCAGCUCUGCAUCCUCGCGGCCAAAACUUGCGGUAUCGCGCCACUGUAUUUCAAUUUGUUCAGCCUGAUGAGAGAAAGCGACCAAGUGUGGUUCCCAGCUAAUCAUGUCUUCAAACUGCACCAGGAGGCCAGCGAGCGCCUGCACUUCAGAAUCAGGUACUACUUUCCCGGCUGGUAUAACAGUGGCAGUUCGUCAUAUGCUCACCGCUGCGGAAUUAACAAGGGCACGGAGAGCCCUGUGAUGGAUGAGUGCGUCAUGGCGUAUCAAUUUUUCCAGUGGCGCAGUGACUUCCUUAACGCUAAGGUUGUCAUCCCGAUGGGUCACGAAGCCCAGGAAGAGUGUCUGGGCUUGGCGGUUCUCGACAUGAUGCGUCUGGCCAAAGAAAGCGGUCAGUCUCCCGUGCGCAUCUACAACGACACCAGCUACAAAUCCUUCCUGCCGAGCUGCAUGCGAAGUCGCAUACAGGAGUACAACAUCCUGACGCGGAAGCGCAUCCGCUUCCGCUUCAAGCGCUUCAUCCAGCAGUUCACCGAAUUAAAGGCCACGGUGUGUAAACUUCGCCUCAAGUAUCUGAUGAGCUUGGAGAUAUUGCUUCCGUCGCUCUACUCGGAGCGCUUCCGCGUCACGGACCUGUCUGCGCACGAUGUUAGCAUCGUCGUCAUGGGCAACAAGGGCAUCCAGUGGUCAAAAGGGAAAACGGAGGGAGCAGAGGAGGAGCUGCAGACGUACUGCGAUUUCCAAGAGGUGAUAGACAUCAGCAUCAAGCAGGCCAAUAAGGAAGGCUCGGUGGAGAGUCGUGUCGUUACGCUCACGAGACAAGACCACCACAUCCUGGAGCUGGAGUUUCGCUCUCUCUCUGAGGCAUUGUCAUUUGUAUCGCUAGUGGACGGAUAUUACAGACUGGUUGCGGACGCCCAUCAUUUUCUUUGCAAGGAGGUGGCCCCCCCGAGGCUUCUGGAAGGCAUUCAGAAUCACUGUCACGGCCCCGUGUCGAUGGAGUUUACCAUCGCUAAGCUGCGUCGCUCCGGCAACCGCCAGGGCUUGUACAUGCUGCGCCGUAGCCCCAGAGACUACGAUAAAUUAUUUAUGUCCUUUGUGGUGGGGUAUGAUGCUAUGAUGGACUACAAGCACUGUCAGAUUCUGAGGGGCGAGUCGGGAAAUUACGUUCUGAACGGGGCCAAGAGAAGCUUCGACACCCUCGGGGAACUUCUCAACUGCUACCAAAAGGAGGCGCUUCGCACGGACGGACACACAUUCCAUCUGACCAAGUGCUGCCCGCCCAGCCCCAAACACAAAUCCAACCUGCUGGUGUGUCGAAAUAACCAAGGGCCGGAUGUUCUUCUGUCUCCCUCGCUUCAAAAAAGCAUCAGCCAGAUGGUUUUCCACAAGAUUCGAAAAGAGGACCUUGUCAUCAGUGAGAGUCUCGGCCAGGGUACGUUCACCAAGCUCUUCUCCGGCGUGAGGAAGGAGCUCGGAGACUACGGAGAGAUUCAUCAAAUCGAAGUGGUGAUCAAAAUCCUGGACAAGGCUCAUCGUAGUUACUCAGAGUCAUUCUUUGAAGCGGCCAGCAUGAUGAGCCAGCUCUCCCACAAGCACUUGCUCCUCAACUACGGCGUGUGCGUUUGCGGAGACGAGAACAUUAUGGUCCAGGAGUACGGUAAAUUUGGCUCUCUCGACACGUAUUUGAAAAAGAACAAAAGUAGCAUCAACAUCACUUGGAAGUUGGAGGUAGCCAAGCAGCUAGCCUGGGCCAUGCACUACCUGGAAGACAAGAACGUCGUCCACGGCAACGUGUGCGCCAAGAACGUUCUGGUGAUCCGAAAGGAGGACCGGAAGACGGGCAGCCUGCCGUUCAUCAAGCUGAGUGACCCCGGCAUCGGCACCACCGUGCUGCCCAAAGAAGUUCUGGUGGAGCGGAUCCCGUGGGUGCCGCCGGAGUGCAUUGAAAACCAGCAAAAUCUGAGUUUGGCCACUGAUAAGUGGGGCUUCGGCACCACCCUGUGGGAGAUCUGCAGCGGUGGAGAUAAACCACUCGGCACCCUCGACUGCUGCAAGAAGAUGAUGUUCUACGAGGACAGACACCAGCUGCCGGCUCCCAAAUGGACCGAGCUGGCCAAUCUGAUUAACAGCUGUAUGGACUACGAGCCUUCGCACCGACCCUCCUUCCGAGCGGUCAUCAGAGACCUGAACAGUCUCUUUACCCCAGACUACGAGCUGCUGGUGGAGAGCGACAUGGUGCCGGCCAAAACGCGAGGCCUCGGCUUCCCGUGGGCCUCGGAGUGUCAAGAGCCCGCUCAGUUUGAGGAGCGACACCUCAUCUUUCUCAAACAGUUGGGCAAAGGGAAUUUUGGCAGCGUGGAGAUGUGUCGGUACGACCCCCUGCAGGACAGCACGGGGGAGGUGGUGGCCGUCAAGAAACUCCAGCACAGCACGGCGGAGCACAUCCGGGAUUUCGAGCGCGAGAUCGAGAUCCUCAAGUCUCUCCAUCACGAGAACAUUGUCAAAUAUAAAGGCGUGUGCUACAGCGCAGGACGCAAGAACCUACGCCUGAUUAUGGAGUAUCUUCCCUAUGGCAGUUUGCGGGAUUAUCUGCUGAAAAACAAAGUCCACUUUGAUUUCAAGAAGCUGCUUCUUUAUGCGCUACAGAUCUGCAAGGGUAUGGACUACCUGGCCACAAGGCGUUACAUCCACCGAGACCUGGCCACCAGAAAUAUUCUGGUGGAGAGCGACACGAGGGUGAAGAUCGGUGACUUUGGUCUGACCAAAGUGCUCCCCCAGGACAAAGAGUACUACACCGUGAGGGAGCCCGGAGAAAGUCCCAUUUUUUGGUAUUCGCCAGAGUCACUUACGGAAAGCAAAUUUUCAGUGGCAUCGGACGUUUGGAGUUUUGGUGUGGUUCUGUAUGAACUUUUUACCUACUGUGACAAAGGCUACAGCCCACCUGCGGUGUUUAUGGAGCAAAUGGGAAAUGACAAACAAGGGCAGAUGAUCGUUUAUCAUUUGAUCGAUCUGCUGAAACAAGGCUAUCGCUUGCCCGUUCCUGAACAUUGCCCUAAGGAGAUGCACCGGAUGAUGACCGAGUGCUGGAGCGGCGACCCGGGACAGAGGCCCACUUUCCAAAUGUUGAUCCACAGCGUGGAGAUGGCACGAGACAACCUGGACACGUGAGGCGCAGUCAUUGGUCAAGUCUCGCUUUUGGUUGCUUUGAUGGCAAACAAACGAGUCCGAUCACGCCGGGCCGACCGCCGCUUUGAUGCAACUGCGUCGCCACAAGUGAUGUGAGGACUUCGGAAACACUACACCUGACUCCAAAGAACAUUCCUGAUUGCCUUUGAAUAUUGCUUUUUUCCCCCCUUAUUAUGUAUUUGAUUUUUAAUUUUUUUUAAAUUUGUUUUAUAAAAUAUUUUGAUAUUGAAUGCAUGUAUAUUGUCCCCGCCCCUUUUUUUUUUUUGUAUUUCCACCGACUGGGCUAAAACAUGAGUGACCAACAACAUGUCGUUAAAAACAAAGUAAUAUUAUCUGUUGAAUACAGUAUACAUUUUGAAAGUGUUUACAUUUCCAAAAAGUGUGAAGGCAUUUCACAGAAACCGUUUUGAUGACUCCUCAUCUUAAAUGUACCUUUACGUUGUUGUCAGUAUGUGGCAAAGAAAUGAAGAGAACAUUUUUUUGAAGGACUUUUUACUAUUCAAAUUGAAUAAAAGCCAUCCGUGGUAUUAUUAAA